GAUAAAAAUCCAGAUGAGGCAGUUGCUGAUGAGACGAUGAAUGCAGAUGAAAAUGAUCCUGUACAAGAUGAUGAUCAAGACAAAAAUGAACCAAUAGAUGAUCGAAACGAAAAUAAUUCACAAGGUGAUGUUCAAGACAGCAAUGAACAAAUGGACGGAGUUGAUGCACAAGAUGAUGUCCCAGAUGCUAAUGAACCAAUUGUUGAAGAAGAAAAUGAAAAUGAGGAACAGGAUGACGCGCCCGUUGAAGAUGAAGAUGAAUUAAUUAAUACAGGCGUACAAGAUGACACUGUAAAACUUGGGAAAGAGGCUGAUGACAAAACAAAUGUAGACCAAAAUAAAUUUAAUGAACCUAAUACCAAUCAGGAAGUAAUUUCCACACUUGAGCUAAAACCCUUUUACUUAAGCCCGGCUGAAAUUGAAAAGUUUAAAAUAUGGCCAAACGCUACCGUAUCGUACUUCAUAGACGAGUUUUCUUAUGACAAAGUUCUUCGAGACAAAAUCCGCGGCUACCUGGAUUACGCGGAACAUAAUACGAUGGUCCAUUUUCAUGAGCUCGCUGGGCCGCCUACGGAUGAAGACGAACGAUGGGUCUUUUUCGUAAAUCGAAGAGGCCUACUAGACUGCAAAGAUUAUUCCAUUAAAUCCUUCACAAAUAAAGGUGUCCAGAAAGUGACAGUUGGAUACAAUUGCCUCGAGCACGGUGGACCUAUGGCGGCAAUAGUUUUGGCGUUGUUGGGUGUGCCGCCUCAGCACAACUCACCUGAUCGUGAUAAGUUCAUUACUGUUGCUACGGAACAUAUUCUGCCAGGAAAAUUGGGUUUAUUCAAUCUGUUAAGAGAUGACGAGUGGUUGUUCCAUGAUUUGCAAUAUGACUAUGCCAGUGCAGGCCACUACCCAUCACAUAAAUACACUGCAGAUGGAUCUAGCACUAUAUCUACUAAGCCUGGCAAAACCGACACACCUUAUCAAGACUUUGGAAAUAUUUUAAAUACUGAAGAAGCAAAAGAUUACAGUCACGAGUAUCCAAUAAACGAAGUUGCAAGACCGCAAUUACUAUUGGGUAGGAACACGCGUCAUAAGAAAAACGAUAACGGGCCCAUUAUUGAUCAUGAUACAGAAAAAAAAGGUGCAGAAGAAAAACUACAUAAUUCUGUAUUUAACGAAAAACCAGAUGAAACAGAAGAUGUUGAAAAAGAUGUUUCCCUACUAAAUGAUACCUACAGUGAUAAAGAAAAUGAUAAUCAUACACCAUCAUCAAGUAUUAUUAAAAAAAAUAUUUUUCAUGAUCAAUCUAAAUAUGAUACAAAAAAACUGGCUGCGUUGCCCGGCUUCAAAUUAAGCUUGUCUGAUAUUGUCAAAUUUAAUAUAUGGCCCGAAGCCCAAAUACCAUUUUUCAUAGACGAGUUUUCAUAUGACAAAUUUCUUCGUGAAAAAAUCCAUGGCUACCUGGAAAACGCGCGAACUCUCACCGGUCUCAAUUUCAAAGAACUCGCCAGUCCGCCUGAUGAUGAAAACGAAAGAUGGGUCUUCUUUAUCAAUCGUAGAGGACAGCUGGACUGCAAGGAUUAUUCCACUAAAUCUUUCACGAAUUCUGGAGUGCAGAAAGUAAUUAUAGGCUACGAUUGCCUGCAAAACAAGGGGCCGAUGGCAGCGAUAGUUCUGGCGUUGGCAGGCGUACCCCCACAACACAAUGCACCCAACCGGGACCAGUUCAUCAACGUAUCCAUGGAGUCUAUACUUCCUGGUAAGAAUAACCGUCCCAAUGUGCUUACAAAUAUCUGA